CCUUGACUUCUCCCUCCCUCCCUCCCUCUCCCUCUCUCUCUGUCUCGGGAUGCCAUUCCGUUUGUCGCUUGAAAACUCUUUGGAAUAGCUGUGUAUAUGUAUAACUCCAAGCUUGAUGCGGUUGAGCUCUAAAGGAGGUGGAGAAAUUUCUCAGAGAAGGAAACGAAUCAACUUUUUUUAUUUAUUCAAAUUUCUGUGGUUUUUUUUUUUUUUUUUUGUGGUGGGAAAGGAGAGAAUCUCAAUUAGGAUUGUGGUCGAAAAAAAGAUGAAGAUUCAAUGUAACGUGUGUGAGGCGGCGGAGGCGGAGGUUCUGUGCUGCGCGGAUGAGGCGGCGCUAUGUCGGCAAUGCGACGAGAAGGUUCAUGCAGCUAACAAGCUGGCUACCAAGCAUCAGAGGGUUCCUCUAUCUACCUCCUCCUCUCACAUGCCCAAAUGUGAUAUUUGUCAGGAAAUGGUUGGCUAUUUUUUCUGUCUGGAGGACCGAGCUCUACUAUGCAGAAAAUGUGAUGUGGCAAUACACACAGCAAAUUCCUAUGUCUCUGCUCAUCAGAGGUUUCUGCUUACUGGUGUAAGAGUGGGCCUUGAAGCUACUGAGCCUGUUGCUCAAUCAUCCUCUGUGAAGUCAGAUUCUGGGGGUAAAGUGUCAGAUACAAUAUCCACUUCUGUCUCCAAGAAGGUUUCUCCAACGGCUCAGCCACCUGAAUACAAUGAAUUGUUACCUACUCAAAUUGGAGGAAUUGAGGAGUUUCAGCCAGCCAAAGUGUGUUAUGGCGGUGGUUCAACUGACUGGCCGCUUGAUGAAUUCUUUGGUUUUAAUGAAUUCAGUCACAAUUUCAAUUUUAUGGAUAGUGCCAAUGGACCAUCCAAGGCUGAGAGCAGUAAGCUUGGGGAUUCUGAUUCUUCUGUUUUGAGAUCUAGUGAAGAGGAAAUGGAUAACGAUGAUCUCUUGGGGUGUGUCCCAGAUUCGUCUUGGACAGUUCCUCAGAUCCCUUCCCCUCCUACAGCGUCAGGCUUGUAUUGGCCGAAAGAUCCUCGGUAUUCAUCCGCUAACAAUGCUAUGUUUGUUCCUGACAUAUGCUUUCCUCACGUCCAACAACCUCUUUGUGCUCAGAGAAAUAACACAUUAUCAAAGCGGCGGAGACAACAGUAAUUUCUUUUCUUAGACCAUUCCCAUGGUGUCUUAGGUUUUCUGCCUUUUGGUUUCUGUUAUCUUGGGAUGCAAGCUUUAGAAGUUGUCUCAGUUAGAGAAGUUUAACUUUAGUAGCUAUGUAGCUACAUGUUUCUGUUCAUGGUUGUCUCAGUCUCUUAAAGAGUGUAUGCUGUGAACUCUGCAUUUCUUAUUGGGAACUAGCCAAAGAAAGCAGCAUUAAUAAAGGGAGAGUAUAGUACUUCUGGUGCUGCAGCAUUCUCGCUUGACUAGAAGAAUCCAAUAGAGAGAUUUAUUUAUUUAUUUGGUUAUCGUAGUGAUUUUUAUUCGUAAUUGUCCUUGGCAGAAAAAGUUAUUUGCGAGAUUCAUUAAUAAGGAGACUAGAUUGAUGAUAUUGAUAAACUACUCUGUAUGUUGUUCACAAUUGGUUUUAGUAUAUUUCUCCUGAAAUUUGGAACAUUCUA